ACUUGCAUGAUAGUGGACAUCAAAAUAUGUGCAUUUUAAGCACUCAUACUUAAUUAUUGCCUUAAUAACAAAAUUGUUUGGCGAAUUGAUGACGCAGAUAGUUCAAAGAAACAGUGCGGCAUUCGCCAUCUUGCGUAGCACACUCGAGGAAAUGAAUCCAUCGCGGGUACCCCUCUAGUAACCAAUUGCAGGCAUGUUCAUUAUGCUUUUUGUUACGAUUUUUCCUGAAAUUCCUCGCGUAUGGACAACAAUGUGGCCGUUUAGAUAAGUUGUGGCAGACCUUGUGAGUUAUAUUGGACUUCCAUAGUGGAUGCUGAGCCCUGGCCAGGCCACGAUCAGUUGAGCCAGCAGAUAUUUUGAGCUCAUUUUAUGCACGGAGAGCGGUCAGUCUUUUGCUGCAGCCUGCUUGAUGUGGAAUCCCCCAAACACUGAGGAUUUACCCCGCUCUCCGUGCGCCCUUGCUGCAGAUAUUGAUGUCGCGUAGGUCAGAGUGAAGUUACGCGUGCUGUAAUUGCCAAUAGGGUGACUGGCAUCGUGAGUUUUCUUGAAAUUUCUGGUUCAAAAUGGCUAACGUUUUGAACAAAGACCCCUUCACAUACGAGGAGGACCGUCGGAGUUUUCUCCAGGACUUGCAUCGUUUUCACGCUUCGCGGGGCACUCCAUUCGAUCGGAUACCAAAAAUAGGAGGUAAAGAGGUUGAUCUCUACCGUUUAUACCGACGUGUGAUCGACCAGGGAGGUUGGCAAAAAUUUAACAAUGACCAGUUGUGGGAAGAUAUUGUUGAAGAGUUCCAGAUUCCUUUGGCUUGCACAAAUGGCACUCAAGCAUUGAAGUACAUCUAUUUUCGGUAUCUUAAUGCAUAUGAGAAAGUGCAUUUUUUGGGUGUGGAUCCUGAUCAGUCAGGAGAUGAUAAUGAAGAAGGUCCUGCUCGAAAGAAAGUGUGCCUUCCUGUGGAGUCUGUCCCUUUAGCAUACAAUUAUGCUCAGCACAGGGUUCCAGAUUCCAUGAGGACUAUUCAUCGAAUGGACACUGACCUGGCUCGUUUUAGUGAUUACGAGAAGUUGGAAAUGGCACUGAGGUCGGGACUUCCAAAUGAAGUAGAUUUUGCUAUAAAUGUGUGCUUGCUACUGUCAAAUGAAGGGCGCUACGUGCUCAAGUUAUCCAAAUCACUACAUCUCUUGCCCCUCCUCAUGUCUAAUGUUGGUAUUUUUGAAGAAGGACCUUCAAGUAUGGAGGAUGUGAUGCUGCUCAGCUGGAAGAACAAUGCAAAAAGAGAUUUCUUGCGGUUUUGGUAUGAAACUGUUAAUGAUGAAGAGAUAAGAAGACUAAUCAAAACCAAAGAUGGCAUCUACAGACAAAAAGACUUGCUCGGAUAUGAAGUGCUAAGUCUAGGCCGAAAUCUGGGUGUGUUGGAUGUUGAAGGGCAACGUGUUCAACAGCUUGCAGUUUUAAUCAGAAAUCUGUCUUUUGAAGAGAUCAACCAGCUGCCUCUUGCAUCUAGUUCUGUUGUGAUUAGAUUCCUGAUGUUAUGUGUGCAUAGUACAUAUGGAAGUUUACGACAGCUUGCACUGGAUACACUUGGAAAUGUGGCGUCUCAGCUGAUACUGGGUCCUGUUGUAAAUACCACCUCACAGAUGAUGAUUGAUCUGAUAAAAAAAUCCUUAAAUGCUGAAGACAAAUUUGCAGUUGUGAGAUCCCUGGAGAUAGUGAGCAAAUUGUGCCAGUUGGAAAAGAAUGAAAGCAUUAUGAGCGAGGAAUUGGGAGAUGAAAUAUAUGAGCGAAUGGUACAGCUGUUGACGGUCCAUGAUAUCCAGCUGAUUGUGCACACACUGGAGGCCCUGUAUCAGCUGUCAGAACUGGGCCAGGCAACUACUGAUAUGAUUGCCCAAGUCAAGCAUGCAGUUGAUCUGCUUGUAAACCUCAUCACAGUGGAAGCACAGUCCUAUGGGCCGAACUCUCUGGUGGGUAUCAAGGUGGUAGAAUAUGUACCAUUGACAGAUGCCACAGGGGAGGAGACACCUUCAUCCAUGCCUGCUCACUCCCAUGUUAUCCAGUCUGUGGCACCCUCACAGUCACAUAACUCGUCUAUGCAGCAUUCCCCUUGUCCUCAAUCACAGCAGUCAAUUGCAGAACAGGCUCAGGCAGACCUUGAAGCCACCACUGCUAACUGGCUGCAAGCUACAUUUGAAUACAGAAAAGGUGCCUGUGUGACCCAGGCUGAUUUGUAUCUUGACUACCAGCAGUUCUGUCGCAAGUUUGGUGUGGCUGAGAUUCUUUCAUCUUGCGAUUUCUUCAGCAUCGUUAAGAACUCAUUCUCGCAAGCUGAUGUUUUAAACCUUGAGAAAGAGAAGGUUGUGAAGGGUCUUUCUAAGCGAGCCAUCCCACGGCCAUUUGCCAUCUUGUCAGGGACUGAAAAAGUUUCUAAACCAUAUAGUGUGAACUCACCUCGGGGCCCUCUGCCUGUGGGUACAGCUAACUGGUCUCAGAUAGCCCUAACCUCCACCCCCUCUGCCUCAUCGGCAGCCUCACCUCUUACGCAAACACCCACUCUGCGGCAACGCCUUAUGGAACCACCCCGACUAUCAUUACAACAUCAGCUUCUUCACACAGGUACUUCAAGCAUUCCACCAACAGCAAAGUCUACCACAGGUAGCAGCAGUAACAAGAUGCAGACUGCAACACCCAAGCAAGCAGACGGGGGUGGCAAGACAGGGGCCAAAAAGCGGUUGAUAGCUCCCAUGCCUCCGUCAGGGCCAGGACCGGGCUGUGUCAGCCCAAAGCCAGUCAGUAUGAACCCACCACGCCCCACACUACAGCCUAGCCUGCCAGGACCUCGGGCGGUGUCGGUGCUGCAGCAGCAUUUGGUAGCACCUGCUCCUCAGAUUCCUACAGCAUCUGUGCAUCCAGGUUGUGACCAGGUGUUUGUGCAGCCAUCUUCACUUGCUGCCACCACAAACAUAGCAUCAACUAUGGCUUCUUCUUCUUCUGUUACUGUGACGUGUGCAUCCACUCAGGUCCCCUUUUCCAUUUGCAUGCCUUCUGCAUCGGGUACCAUGGGUAUCCAUUCAGCCUCUGUGCCUGCUCCUGGUCCUGGUCAGCAGUUUCCUCUUAUUCACCAAGCCCUCCAGGGAGACACUGCAAAUGCAGGUAAAGCACCUGUGGUAUGUGUGGACCAGAACAAUGACACUAAUCUUAUCAAGAGCCUGUUGGCAAAGAAACUUUGCCAGAAUAUGGUGCGGGGCAACGUCACACCCAGUGAAAGUCCCCCUCCUUUUGAUGCAGAGACCACCCUCCAGCUUGGUACAGAAAUGGUGCAGAUGGUUCAGGAAGCUUUGCAACAAUCCCAGUCCCAACAACCACAGCUGCAUCUUCAGGGACAGCAGCAGAUCCAGCCACAGCUACAGCCUCAGCUUCAGCUGCAGCUUCAACCUCAGCCACCUUCACAGCUUCAGCUUCAGACUCAGCUGCAGCUUCAGCAACAGCCACCUUCUCAAUUGCAGCUUCAGCAUCGUCUGCACACCCAGCUUCAGCCACAGUUGCAGCCUCAGUGUCAGAACCUUCUGCAGUCGUCACAGCUGCAGCAGCAGCAGCCGCCGCCUCAGGUACAGGUGCAGCAGCCUCAGGUACAGGUGCAGCAGGUGCUGCAGAUUCAGCAAAUGGGUGCUCAGCAGCUUCACCUGCAUCAGAAAGUCCAAGCACAGCAGGCCCAGACCCUGCAGCUGCAACCACAACAGCUGGUCAUUCAGCCCCAGCAACAACAACUGCUGCUGCAGACGCAGCAGCACCUGCAACUGAGGUCUCCACAGCUGCGGCAACCCCUCAUCCUGCAGCAGCAGCUGGCUGGUCAGCAGCAGCUUGUGAUCCAGCCACAGCCCACCCUGCAACAGAUUUUGCACCAGCCUGUGCAGCAGCUGCAGUUCCAGGCCCAGAAGCCACUUCAGGUUCACACGUCACAGCAGUUGCACUUUCAGCAGCAGCAGCAACAGCCACAGAGUGUGGUUCAGACCUUUCAGAUCCAGUUGCCUAUCUACAGCUUGCCCCAAAUCACGGCAACACAGGUGGCUGGAGGACACACUACUUUCAGCACCAGCACUUUGGUGCCCACCUCUGUGGUUCAGACUUCCGUGGAAUCUCACCAGUCGAGUGCCCAGCCAGGUGCAUACCGUACCAUCAUCCCAAAUCCUUUAUCAUCCACAUCCAGUUCCUCUAGUCAGAGGCCUUUAGCCCCUCAUCCUGUGGGCAUGCAGCCUUUGCAAAAGAGCAAAAUGUCUGGCAGCUCACGUCCAUCUUCACCUCAGAUCCCAAUCAAGCCAAAACUAGCCCCACAAUCACAGGUUGAUUUAGUUUCCUCCUCUAGUAUCAUUUCAAACAAUUCAAGACCUGAGUUGCAGGGAGGUAUUGAAUUAGACAUUUCUAAAGGAUCCUCCCAGCCAGGCUUGGAGUGUGCUGCGCAGGGCAUGGAUAACAUAGACAUACAAGAAGGCACUAGUGGUUUCUUAUCCUCUAACUGUGCCUUAACUACUCCGUCCAAUAUUUCUGAGACUUCUGUGCUAGAUGCCUCUAAAAGUUCAGCACAGUCGUGUAGAGACUCAUCUACGGGCACAGAUUCACCUAUCUUGUCAGCGGCAAAUUUUCAAAAUCCACUCUCAUUUUCAGCAAUUGUUUCUUUACAGGGGGCAUCAAGAGUGGCACCAGCAGCUAUUAUAUCUCCAGCAAACUCUCUUUCAUUACAUCAGACGGCAACAAAUCGGUUGUCGUUCACCUCAUCACCAUCACAGUCAUCAUUGCCAUCUAUAUCAUUUACAUCUGCCACCGUACCUCUCAUCCAAUCCUCACCCAUGUCCAUCACUCAGGCCAUCUUAGCUGGUAACCCCUAUGGUGGUAGCACAAAGGCAGGCAGCAUACAUCCUCACACAGUUUCCUCUCAGACUGUGGAAUCUCACCUGCUUGCCCAGCUGCCACUGCCAGCAGCCUCACAGUCUGGUGUAACUGCCUCUGUAUCCACCACAACUGUGUCCUGUGCCACACAGGCUGGGGAUCCCUCCAUCCACAGGGUUGAUCCAAUAAGCAGGGAAAGCAGCCUUUACAACUGCAGCCGGACUGUUUCUGUCUCCAAGGUUAAGGAAUGCAAUGGACUAGGUGAUAGCAAACUGAGCAUGAAUUCUCUGAGCACCUUGGAACCCAAUGGUAUUCUGGGAUCCCCUGAUUCAGUGUCCAGUGAACUUCCUCCUUCUCCCAUGAACUUUCCCAGAGCAGGUGUUCAGAAUGAAGAGCACUUGCCUAAUGGAGUAAGCAAUGACAGCUUAAGCAGCAUGAAAGAAUGUGCAUGGUCCAAAGAGCAAGUAAACAACUUAAUUGGAAAGGCAGCUAAGCUGAAUGGUGUUGUGCGUCACCUAGAGAAUGGAAGUCUGACAGAGGAGUGUGGUGACAUUGUUCCAAGUGAGUGGCGGGUGCCUAGGCUUGGAGAGAAGGCUGUCAUGCAAGCUGAUGCAAAGGAAUUGCAGAUGGAUUUCCAUGGCAGGUUGAUUGCCAGUAGUCAGCAGAAUGGAACCAUGGAUGCAGGGAUGGUGAAAGAUGAACAUGGAAUAGAUUCUCCCCUCACCCACAGAGACCGGGAGCUGGUCAAGCAGAUGAGCAUGGAGGAAGUCAGCAUGGACUCCACAGACCUUCCAGAAACUGUCCUAGGAAGCAGAAUGCUGAUCAAUGGCAGUAAAACCUGUGAUGUUGGAAGACUGCUUUUUUCACCAGAUAGCUCCAAAGAUAGUGACUUUAGCUCUGACAGCUUCUCCUCCUCCAUUGCCGACUCAGUUGGCAGUGAUAAACAUUCCACUACUGGCCAGUUCAGUGGUGGCAGCAGCACCACUAGCAGCUUUUCCCAUCCUCUACCAGCUAUGGCUUCCUCAUCAGCUCCCUUGCUGUCUGAAGUGCCAGCUGUCUCUUGUGGCAGUGGUUCCACAUCUGAGAAUGGGAGUGCCAAACGAACAAAGAAAAAUAACAAAAAGGGCUUAGACAAGAAUCUGCCAGCUAAGUGUGAGAAGGCUGUCGGAGUGAAGAACAAGCCACCCUCCAAGUCCAAGAAGAAGAAAAGCAGCAGCAGCAAUACGGAAGCCAUGCCUUCUUCCCCUGCCACACAUUUUGUACCCGAUUACAUGUGCGAGUGGGCCAGCUGCAGGAGGUGUUUCGACAAUGCUCGCCAAGUCUUCAUCCAUGUCAUGAAAAUUCACAUCCCUUUUGCUGCGGAUGGUGUCUGCCGGUGGGAAGGUUGUGAACCUCUUCAAAGGAAGAAAUGGUCAAUGGUCACGCAUGUACAGGAUCACCAUUGUGCUGAAAUGGCUUUACGAGCUGCCAGCCAGAGAAGAUUCCAAGCAGUCCAGGCAGGAGUAAGCCCCCAGAGUCCAGCAAAUCCUGCUCCUGCCCCGGCUCUGGUGUACCCACCAGACGCUGCCAUCCAGGCUAUAAAACGUUUCCACAUCCGACCACCAUUUGCUGAGUUCUCUGAACCUGGUGAAGGUCCAGUCACCAAACAUAUUCGUUUUACUUCAGCCCUCAUUUUAAGGAACCUUGCACGCUACUCCUCUCAUGGGAGAAGGGAGUUAAAAAUGAGACCUCUCUCACCUUAUUGGAGACAUCACUUGCCCUGUUUGACAUAAAUUUACUUUAAAAAACUUAAUAAAGCGCUGGGAGAGACACCUGAGCUAUGUGACCAUGAGUGCAGUGGAGUCAUCCACAGCCCUGGCCAACUGUCUGUGGGAGAUUCUUCACGACACCUAGAUCUGCCAGUCAUUUCAGUGCAUAUCCCAUCCCUCCUGAUUCUUCCUGUGAUCCCAUAUACUGUCUUGCUGCUGACUUCAUGACCAAGCAAGUUAAAAAAUAAAUAAAAAAAGAAAAAUUUUGUGUUGCUUUGACUUGGGACCAAAGACAGUUGUGACUGAUGCAGCCAGCACGGGUCACAGCAAAUGCAGAUCAUUAUCUCCUGUUGCAGUCGGCUCGUCAAAGUGCAUACACACACCUCGGAAUCCCUUUUGGACAUCAUGUAGAUUUUCUGUCUAGGUGUGCAGUCAUGUGAACUGCUUGUUGCGCAUUGCUAAGAGCAUGUCAGGCAAGCUUACUGGGUUGCUGAGGAUAUGCCAGGCAAACGUGCUUUGCUGGUCUCCAUGACGAGAAACUUUCGGAGAGCAGCUACUGUCAUCAGUGAAGGAAAUUGAUGACCAGUUAAAAAUGUCGUGAUGCAUUUUUUUUGGGGUCUACCCAGAGGUGUGCAGGUAGUGCCUACAUGCAUGAUCAUGUCCAAAGCUCAGCAGGAAAUGGUUUAGGUAUCUUCCCUGCUCAACACUUCUCCUCUCAGAAACUUUGAUGUACUUUUUGUUUUUGCUUUUUUGGUUGGUUGGUUGGUUGAUUGGGGGUGGGAGGGGGAGGGCACACAAACUUAUGCCUCCAUGUUCAAAACUGUACAGAGGUUUCUUUUUAUCUCUUGAUAUGGAUGUAUUUAUAUUGUAUAAUACCACUAAACCUUGCAGAACAGGCUCUGAAUAUAACUGCCUCUUUUUAUAUUUAUCCUUUUCAGUGUUUUCCUUUAAAUGAGAAAGUGGAGAGUAAAAAAGACUUUUUGAAUAGCUGCUUAGAUGAAGUUGUAAAACUGAAGUUCUGCUGAUCCUAGGUGUAUAUGUAUAUGGAUUGUUCUUCCUUCAAAUGAAUCUUUGUGUGCGCGUGAGAAAGAGAAAGAAAGAAAGUAAAAUUUGAGGCAGGGGGUGACUGGGGUUGAGAGAGAUCAAACUUCUUUUUUUACUUUUUUUUUUCAUUCAUGUAUGGUGUUAUAGAUAUUUUCAAGCAGAAAGAAUGAGUCUGUGGUUUGCAUAAACAGCUAAUCAGCAGAUUUACCAGAAAACUAUAGAAUUAUUCUUUAAAGACAGCAUGGUGGAAUAAGCCAAAAUGCUUACAGAGAAUUUUUUUUAUAAAAUAAUUGUUCAUAGUUUAUACUAAUGAUAAGAGUUUUAACAUUUUUAUAUUGUUGCAGCAUAAUUUGGUGCCUGCACAAUCUCAGCUUUGCAUCAGUUUUAAAAUUUUAUGAAGGAAUGAAAUGAUUGAAGCUAGCAGCACUGACAGUGGCUUUUGAUCGGAGGAUAUCCGUUAUGAAAUUAAUGUCUGCAUUAGUCCAGUUUAGAUUAAUUUUCCCUUUUGAUCUUUUUAUUUCAGUUUUCUUCUCUCCCACCUCCAAAUACCCAUCCUUGUUUGGGUCAUGUGUUUGCGUUAAUUUAGCACUUCAUUUUACAAAAUACGUAGAGAGCUAUCUGGUAGCUGUUGAUUUUCUUAAUACACACCAAUUGUCAUAAAAGUUUAUGCCUAGUUCUGCAACUUGAAGUAUGUUGACUGAAGGAUUGACUGUGCAACAGAAUCUGUAACCUGAGUCGGAAGUGGCACUUAAAUGCACCAUUUUGGCUAUUUCACUUUCAUUGCUGUGUAUAAGGCAUUCUACCAGUUUAAGAGCAGGACGUAGCUUCAGCAAUAAUUGAAGAUUGCCACAUGUUGUUUUAGCAUUUGUAUACAUUUCUGUGUGAUGCCAUGGACAGAGUUAAUAUUUUCUUUUUGCUUCUUUAUGGCAUGCCAUAUUUGAUUUUUUGCCUAAAUAAUUUCAUGAAUUGCAUUAGUAAUCAUUUGAUCUUCAGAAAGACAUGCUUUUCACCAAAGAAACAUUGGUUAAAGUUCAUGAAAGCAAGCAACAUUUUCUUUCUUAGUAGACAGGGGGAACAAUCUUUGUAGUGCUAAUUCUCUCAUCUCCAUAAAGAGUCUGCUUUAAGUGUGACCUUGGAAAAGUUAUUUAAAAUAUGAAGUCGGUUUUUUACUGUAGUGAAUCAAAGUUAAGUGAAAUUCAUAGAUGGUUUAUUAUUAAUCUGCAAGAAUAGAAUCUUGAACAUAGGGUUUGUUUUGGUGCCUGUGGUUGUUGUACUUGUUGCACAUCAGUUAUCCUACUCCCUUUCCCACCAAUGAUCCAUGCCUUUCACCAUUGUUAGGAGGGUGUGUGUGAUACAACCAAGAUUGGCUUUUGGGAUCUGUUGUAUUCCUUCUAUUGUAUCUCAUUGUAAUGAUUAGAAUGGUUGGUCAUAUGUAGUGGUUUGUGACAUGACAAGAGAAAGAGCAGAAAACUAAUAUCAGUGUCACUGCAGCUGUAGUGAAAUGCCAUCAAGAAUACUUUGAUCACCUUGUAGUUCGCAGUGAAAGUUACCAAGAGAUUUUUUUGUCAGUUUCUCCUUUUUCAAGAACAAAAAAAAAAAAAAUCGAAAGUAAACUCCUUACAGGGCAAAGCUUUCAAAGGGAUUGGGAAAUUGGUGUUUUAUCCCUAGUCAGCAAUUAAGGCUAUGUCACAGUAAAAGGAGCCAGCCCUGUAAACAGGCACCACAUGUAGAGAACAGCAUGCCUGAGACAAGAUCUGAACCCAGGACAGCCAGUCCCACCGUAUUGGCAACAGGUACUAACUGAUGUCCCACUAGACUUGUUUUUAGUGCAACAAACUAUAAAAGGGGCAUUAAGUAGUCAUGGACUGGUAUGUGCAGUACACUUCAAACACAGACCUGUGCUUGUCUGCAGAUUUUGUGGCAGGUACCCGACAGUUAUCUUUUAUGGAGAAGAUUUUGUACUUAUGAGCCUGUUUCAUUCCAAGCUGUUUAAUGUUAUGGUCAGUGCAUGUGGCAUGUUUAUGGUGCUAACAAGAGGUUAAGGACGUUUCUGGUUGUGCCAUGGGUGUUUUUUGUGUGUGUGUGUGCACUGAUUGGGGGUUCAGGGAAAGGUAAUGGAGGGACCGUUUAGUUCAUGGUGUCUGCAGAUGCUACAGAUCUUAAACUGUAGACACAAGCUUUAAUCAUAGAGGAAUCGUCCAAAGUGAUUUUAUAUACCCUUUACUGAGCUUUGGAAAACAAUGUUUGAAAACAUGCAACAAUUUAAUAAUCUGUUUUGUUUUUAAAACAGUUUUCAGUACAUUAAUCUGGCAGCUUAAAUUUUUUGGCCAUAUCUGUUGUGGACCAUGCCUGGCUGUGAGCUACAGGUGCCUCUGAUUUCCUUUGCAUUUAAUGUGAAAUGCAUCUGUGUCAUCAUCGUCCUGUAUCUCAUUCAUGGCUUUUCCUCUGCUCUGGGAAUUACACCUGGACUACUUGGCUUCAUGCUACUGCAACAAAAAUUAUUUCUUCUUUCAUCUUUCGCUUGUACUGUGUAUAAUCUUGUUGUGUUUACGUUUGCUUCAUCUUGUGUGGUCUUGACCUACAGUACUUUCUUAUCUAAGGUUUCACAUCCCUGGCUGUCUGUCAUAUUUCUUUUGCUGAUGCUUCGGGUGUUUGUUUUCUGAAACUGAUCCAGAUCUCCCUUUUCUGGAACAUCCUGUGUUGGUGGAGCUACUUUCUCAUCAACAGCUCUGCUGGAUUCCAUCCAUGGCAUAGAGGUGUUGCUCUGAAGUUCAAAGUGCAGUGUUCUUUACAGUCUGCAUUGCCCUUCUUUCCCUACUUGGUGGUGAUGAGGGCUGCUGUUGAGUGAAUCUGAAACAGUUGAAUUUUUAAAGUUUAUUUAUGGCGAACUUUGGCCAAACUUGUCUGUGAGAACAAUUACUUGCAAAGAUAUGCUUUAUCUUAAUGAAGUGUGCUAGUGCAAUCCAGCUUUAAAAAAGGUCCCCCACCAGGUCCUUUCAACUCAGCCUAGUCCCUUCCAUGGGUUGGCUGGUGUUUGAGUUAGUUUCAGGAUGAUAGUCAAUUUUGAAAAAAAAUCAUAACUAGAAAAAAAAUUAAAUGAGCACUUCAAUCUGUUUUGAAACUCCUGGCUGCCAUAUGCUCUGUGUCGAUAAAAAUGCACAGUUGACGAUGCCUUGAUGUCCUUCACGCACAUGUUGCAGCAUUUUAGUUUUUUUAUAGGGAUCACCAGUCAGCUAUGAUAAUCAGAACUUCUUCCUGGACUGAGAUCUUCACAAGCAAAUCAAUAUUUUAAAUUCUUUUCGAGUUUGGCUGAUAAUGACCAUGAAUCCAGUUUGCAGAUGUCUUAAAGUCAGACCGGAACAACUGUAUGUCCAUGCUGGCUGGUUUUUCUUUGAUACUUGCGAUGCAUCACACAUCAGUGUUACUGGUCUAAAAUAACAAAACAGGACCACCUCCAGAAGAUUCUGUUUUACUACAUCUGACAUUUGAAACAAUUAGGACACAUUAAAAUAAUAACUUUGAUGUCAUUCUUGACUGUAGAACAAUGCAAGCAGGGUGAAAAUUUCUUAAAACAAAGACUACGUGUAAAAGAAACUCAACAGUUCUGCUGCUUGCAUUUUGAUCCUCUCAGAUAUGUUGAUUCUAUUUGUGACACUAUUUAGUGUUUACAGGCACCAUGAACUUGAGUCGUAGAGGAACGGUUAUAUAUUUGCCUCCUUUGUUUGAUCCCCUCUCUUGAGACAAGACUUUACAAGAUCAUUCUAAGAAUAAUUUAAGCAUGUCUUACACCAUUCUAAAUUUAGAAAUUUUGGCAUAGGCAGUGUAUAAAGUAACAGUAUUUCACAUUGCUGCAGCAUAGCUAUUUGGUAUUGAAAGGAGUUACUGUCACUUGUUAAUGUCAUAGGUGCUAGCUGCUAAUUGGGGAAAAUGAGGAGAUCAAUAAUCUUACACUUUGUUAGAUAUUCUGUAACUUUUAUUUUUUUUCGUAGGAUUGGGGAGGAAUGAGAGUGAACUUACAAAUUGAGAAUCCCAUUGCUUUAGAGUCACCAAUGCUCUGUUUUACCAGUUGCUUGCCAAUCUAGAGCCAUCUCCAGAAAAGUGAUACCAGAGGUGGAUGGCCUUGAGAAGUAGUGGCCUCAUUUAUUCCUGGUUCACAAGCAAAGUUUUGUUAUAUUCUGCAUGCAACUUGCAUAAAGUUUGUUGAAAUAGAGAAGAUAGGGAACAAAAUCUGGUAAAUUUUUCAGAAAUGUAAAUUCUGCACUAAAACAACAUCUGUGGAAAUUUGCUUACAACAAUAAUGAAGCUGUACAGUUUACCUUAGAUUCACGAUUGCCAAAGACCACGCAAAAUAGAGAAGAUGGAAAAGAGCUGUGGAAGAUUUGCUCAUAAAAUGUCCCACAGCUAAUAAGGAAAUAAACCCGGAAAAAAGGCCACACAUGAUCAAGUUGUUAUUUUGUUAUGCACGUGUGCCUAUAGAUCAGGGUGUGUAUGCAUAUAAUGUGAGGAGUGCAUAGUUUCUUGUAAAUGUUGAAUGAGGUUGGUGGAAAAUGGCUUGGUGAAUGUGUGGCCAAGGGAUCAUGCCAGAGUAGCCAUAAUCAUUCCUGUUUUAUGUUUUUGAUGUCAUAGUGAGCAAGAUGAAAUGUUUGAAUUGCAUACUUGUUUACUAAUCAUAAGCAAUUUCAGUUUUUGUUUUACCUUCUUGUAAACGCCAUUGAUACAUGUAUUUAUAAUGUUCCAUUGUUGGAAAAAACGUUCAAGCAGAAUUUUGGUAGCAGCAUUUUUAGAGAAACUACCAUUGCUAUUACAAUAUUGUUAAUGAAGAUGACAGUGGAGGCCCUCUGUGUCAUUGUUUCAUGAAUAUUGUUUUUUUUUAAAGUAAAUAUUUUCUUUUGUGGUAAA